AUGGCUGAAUCCACACGCAAUGCCAAGCUCGAUGAAAUGAUGCAUCUCCUUAAGGCAACAACAGAAGCUCAUGGCAAGUUGCUCCUUGAUCAAGGAAAAAUUCUCCAGGAAAUAAUUGGGAGGAUGUCUCGUGUUGAUGCAAGAUUGGAGAGCAUCUCAGCUGGGCCACAAUUUGAGCGGGGGGAGACUUCAAAUGCACAGUCGCCCAUCCAAUCAGCUAGAUCUGGAGAUACCAACCAGUCUAUUCAAACUCGAAUAGCUAGGUUGGAAUUUCCCAGAUUUGAUGGAGCUGACCCUGCUAGUUGGUUGUAUCGAGCAGAUCAAUUCUUCCUUCACCAACAGAUCCCCAACACUCAAAAGUUACUGCUGGCCUCCUUCCAUCUUGAAGGGAAAGCUUUGCAGUGGUUUCGAUGGGUCGAGAAGGCAGGAGCUAUAUCCAAUUGGGAGGACUUCUCCAAGGGUCUUCUCACGCGCUUCGGCCCCAAUCAGUACGAAGAUCCCACCGGCUUAUUGACGAAGCUCCGGCAAUCUACUUCUGUGGAGCACUAUCAAACACUAUUCGAAGAGCUUGCCAACCGCACCGAAGGACUCAAUGAGUCCUUCAUGAUCAGUUGUUUCGUGGGUGGACUUCGGGAGGAUAUACGACUAAGUGUGCAAAUGCUACGACCUCGGACACUUUCUGACGCUAUUGGCCUUGCUCGGAUGCAGGAGGAGAAGGUCAACACUCGAUCAAGGCAAAAUCGUCUUGAUCAGGAAAGGUCUAGUACAAAUUCUCCUCCUAAACCUCCUACUCCUAUUAUUAAGAAGCUAACACCUGUCGAAAUGAAAGAAAGAAGAGACAAGGGUCUCUGUUACAACUGUGAUGAAAAUUUUUUUCCUGGCCACAAGUGUCGUCAACAGAAGCUGUACCUAAUGGAGGGUAGCUGGGCCGAGAUGGGGGAGCCAGAGGUCGAAGCCGAGGCCCUUGAAGAUGUCGUCGAGAAGGAAGAAUGCUCUAAGCCAGAGUUGGCGAUUUCCCUCCAUGCAAUCACAGAAAGUCGAUCCCCUCAAACCAUGCAUGUGAAGGGGAUGCUUGGCCGAGUCCCAGUCGUGGUGCUCAUAGACUCGGGCAGCACCCACAAUUUCCUCACCCCCAGGAUAGCAAGGAAGGCUGGACUCACUAUCUGGAAGGAUACCAAGCUUGAGGUCUCAGUUGCCAAUGGAGAUCGAGUACAUGGUCAAGGCAAAAGCACCGGCGUCAAGAUGCGCAUCCAAGGAGUCCCUCUAAUCGUGGACUUCUUCAUCUUGGAAUUGGGAGGCUACGAAGCUGUCUUGGGAGCUGAUUGGUUGCAAAAACUUGGGCCAAUCUCAUGGGACUUUGCCAAUCUCACAAUGGAGUUCCAGUUGGGGCCGAGUAAAUACAAGCUUAAUGGGGAAGCAGAGAAGAAAUUGGAGUUUAUAACAGAGAAGGAUGUGGGUAAAAACAUCUCUACCCAUAACUCUUGUUUUCUACUUCAAGUACAAUCCUUGCAGAUAACCUCCGAAGAUAGGAAGAUCCCAUUGCCAAUAGAAGAGCUUUUGUCCAGCUAUGCUGAUGUGUUCCAAGAGCCCUGUGGUCUUCCUCCUUCACGUACAUGGGACCAUCAGAUACCGUUAGUGCCGGGCACUAAACCCAUGAACUCUCGCCCAUACCGAUACCCACACUACCAGAAAUCUGAAAUAGAGAAGUUGGUGGGAGAAUUACUACAACAGGGGGUUGUACGACCAAGUCAAAGCCCUUUUGCUUCACCUGUGUUGCUAGUGCGAAAGAGCGAUGGUUCGUGGAGACUUUGUGUCGACUAUCGAGCGCUGAACCAGGCUACCAUCAAGGAUAAAUUCCACAUUCCCAUCAUUGAGGAGCUGCUAGACGAGUUACAUGGUGCUCAAGUUUUCUCCAAGCUCGACUUAAGGUCGAGCUACCAUCAAAUCAGAGUGAAGCCGGAGGACGUUUCCAAAACCGCCUUCCGAACACAUGAAGGGCACUACGAGUUCUUGGUGAUGCCUUUCGGCCUCACCAAUGCUCCAUCAACCUUUCAAGGGCUUAUGAACGAGGUAUUUCGCCCCUUCUUGAGAAGGUUUGUUCUAGUAUUUUUUGAUGAUAUCCUUGUGUACAGUCUGAAUAUUAUGGAUCAUUUAUUUCAUUUAAAGACUGUACUAGAGCUGCUCCGUACUAACAAGUUGUUUGCAAAGAAAAGUAAAUGUAUUUUUGGAAGUAUUUCUAUCGAAUAUUUAGGACAUAUCAUAUCCAAGGACGGAGUUGCAGCUAAUCCUGAGAAGAUUCAAUGUAUGUUGGACUAG